ACUUUGUUGUGCAAUGAAGGUGUGUCUAUAGUAGAGUAACAGAUACCGCUGCUUAGCCAUUAAAAGGCCCUUAUAUACUGCAGUGAUAUAUAUGGCUAGAAUGUUAAUGGUCCAGUGAAUUUAUAAAUAUCCACUCAUUCCUAAAUAAUUUGUGAAAGAUUAUCAGUGCUGGCUGUGGGGUCCAGGGUUUUGGUUUUGGAUCUUUCGCGGGAGCCGGCCGGUAAGCUGCCGCUGCAGAAGCAUCAGCUGUCUCGGUGGCAUUUGUUCUCUCCAGCUUGCAGAAAAAAGCAAUACAUAAAUUCCACUAUGGAAAAUAAUGCUACGAGGUACAGUGUACAGUUGUAUAUUUAUGACUUGUCAAGAGGAAUGGCACGUAAUCUCAGCCCUAUCAUGCUCGGGAAACAACUUGACGGCAUUUGGCACACAGCCAUAGUAGUUUAUGGAGACGAGUUCUUCUUCGGAGGGGUGGGCAUUUCGAGCUGUUCACCGGGCGGAACGAUGCUGGGGCCUCCAGAUACAGUGGUGGAGCUUGGGGAGACCGAGGUGUCAGAUGAGAUCUUCAUGGACUACCUUUCAUCCCUAGGAGAGAGCACAUACAGAGGCGACCGAUACCGACUGUUUGAACACAACUGCAACACGUUCACCAAUGAGGUGGCCCAGUUCCUCACUGGCAACUCCAUCCCAGCCUACAUCACCGACCUGCCGUCCGAGGUCCUCGCCACGCCGUUUGGUCAGAUACUUCGGCCAAUCCUGGACUCUAUCCAUAUAGCCCCUCCCGGAGGGAACGUUAUCAACGGGGGCCGCAACAACUAAACCAAGCGCACCCAAUCUUUCUAAAGGGUGUUCUCCAGGUCAAUCGCAUCAUAGUCGCAGACUGGAAUUCAGGAUUUUUAUUAAUUAAAUUUGAAUGGGCACAUGCAUACAAAAUGUGUUGGAUUUCAUGUAAUCCAAUAUCUUCAGGAUUGAUUGUUGGGUUGGUUAUGGUCAAAAAAUCCAACGACUUUUUUAAAUUAUUUGUCUAUACAGUGAAAAGGAGCAUGGCGUUUGCGUAGUGUGAGUGUAGCCGAAAACUAGUGAUCUACCCUGUUGGCUUAACACAUGUGGAAUGGACUGAUCAAUCCAACUCAACCGUUAUCCACAUCCUGUAUGCUAUUAACCAUUUAAGAAAAAAUCAUAUUGUAUUUACUAGGAAACCCCCCUAAUGACUAAAUGUAUUCAUGUUGUUAACUGAUUUAGAAAUGAAUGCAAAAGGAGGGACGUAAGAUCUGGGUGGAAGUCGAUUUUCAAUAAGCCCAUUCUCGGUUAAGGUACUUUUUGUUUUUAUGUUCUAUUUUUUUUGAUUGACUUUGGUUCAUAUUUUUUUAACCCAGCUCCUUACAUUAGUUACUGUAUCAUUUUGGUAUAUAUUAUAUAUCGCACAGUUGCCAUGUACAGAAUGUUGUCUUAACGUUACUGCAUACUGAUUUUGCUAGCUUGGAAAUCAAGGCACAAGAUUCUCCAUAGAAUUCUCAUAAUAUGUGAAUUCCAAAUAUAUUACUAUAGGCAGAUCGUAGAUUAAACAAUUAACAAUCAUUCAACAAUUUUAGAACCUAAUUACUAUCCUGAGACCCUGACUAUACUCAUCAUAGUAAACCAUGUUAUUGUUUUAUAGAUUGACUAAAUGUUAAUUGUUUCGGCCAUCAUAAUAUCAUCUGUUGCGAUAUCUCCAUAAACAACUCAAACAUGAAGUGUUAAGAACUUUUUAAGGUAAAAUUCCCAAGAAGAGGGAGACACAAAAGUAUUAUAUUUCGUUUUAGAGUAACUAAUUCUAGUUUAAAGACAACAAACAAUUACAAAUUACUUUUUGAGAUGAAAUGGAGAAAGCAAACUCUUCGUUUGUAGUUUUUAUUCUUUUACAAACCAACUAACCGACAAGCUUUGCCAACAGGUGACUACUGAAAUGUAUCAAUGCACAAGUAAAUAGUUUUUUAACCCUGUACUGUAAUAUUCGCUUCUGCUUUAAGUUAUGCAAUUCCUGUUCCUUGCUGCUACAUAGGAGACAUUUUAACAGAUUUUCAGACUAUAUUCUAUAAGCCAUUUAGAUAAGCAUAUGUUAAGUAUGUUUUUUUACACAGCUUUGUUGUACGUUUCAUAAAUUGUAUGACAAUUCUUUAUAUGCAUAUAUUCAGGACAAUUAGGUUAUUAUUUUGUAAUGUAUUAAAAAAUGAAUGACCGCAAGUUGUCUCGCUUAAAUACAUUGUUGCUUAUUUGCUUUGGAUGUAGAAUAUAAAUAGCUGUAAUAUCGUUAAAUGGAGAUUAUCUCUAACACCCUUCCACAUUUGUUAUUCCAGCUGUCAUAGGACUUGUUUUUAUUGAAAGGGGAUGGAACUAUAUAGAUGACCAAUAUCAUUUAAUAAUGACGAUGUGAAAGAUGAAAACAAUUUUUAUAUGGCAAUUAAAUUGUACAUGAAACCUUGCCGUAACAUAAUUUUCUCUUUUCCAAAUAUUGUACUGAACAAUUGCGUGCAUGCGCAUUGCCAAGCGUACAACAACACAUGUAAGGGCGUACCCAACAAGGUCAAGGGUGGAGCUGACCGCCACGUCAGGUUGGGUCUGUACUUAUCUGCUUUUCUAAAAGAUGACCUGCACACCACUUAAUCAUCAAGUAAGAAGUUUCAUCUCUGGGGACAGAGCCAAGAACCAUCAUCUCUCAGGGGCUCCUGAGGUCAGGAGUCGGGCCAACUGCCCCAUCGUACUCAAGAGGCAGACGUCCAAACAAACAGUAUCAGACUUCACAUCACUUCAUCGUACCAACCCUCUUCACAUGAUUUUUUUAGCGGUGUGUUGUGCUGGCUAAUCAAGGGAACAGUACGGCGCCUUGGUUGGAAGUUACUAUUUUUUAAUGACAGUUAGCUAGAGAGGCACUAGCUAAGUACAAAGCCAACAGUUAAUAUUCAGCAAGUAGUGCAAAUUAACAAUCCUAUGUGUUCAAAAUGCCUGCAGACAGACGUUCAAUGUCCGAGCAAAAGUCACCAGUUGUAGGGACAGUGCUGUUGGACAAAUUUGUACUCCUGAGUUAUUAACUUAGAGAUCACAUCUCUGAAGGCGGAGCCAAGAACCAACAGACACUAGAGCAUCUCGGAGGUCAGGGUUGGAGCAGAAUGCCACGUCAUCCUCAGAGGCAGACAUCUUGACGUCUAUUUGCUUUUCUCUGAGAUGACCUGCCGACCAACCAAAUUCACAUUAAUAGAAACCUUCUAAAACUUCUCUACUUUUACUCAAUUUUGUUUGCAUACAAUGCUUGUUGUGCUGCCUCUUCUACUUAAGGGCACGGCAAUUAUUUUUUUUGUUACUGAUACUACUUUCUCAAUUAAUACAUACCUGUGAAUGGUCUUAGAGAAGGUGGUGUAUCUACACAUGUUGGCGUUUUCCAAUCAAAGCACCAGGCAAGAAUAAUGGAAGGAGAGCAGGGAAAAAUAUGAUUGACGCUCACAAAAAACUGUCAAACUGUUCAAAAGAAAAACACAGAAUGGUGAUCUACAGCCUCAAAGUUUAAGGGGGGGAGAUGUAGCAACAAGAGAAUUGUCCUGAAAGCUGCAUUUUUAUCUUUAAUCACUGAGAUUGUAUGAUGGUUUGCUUAUAUGUUUAUUAAAUGUAUGCUCUGAUCACAAUAUCUUCUGGAAGUCAGGCUGAGCUUAUGGACCUUUACACCAUGCCAGUUGUUGAUAAAAGCCAUUGCUCUUCCUAAUUGUCUGGGUAACCCUUCUUGUGCGUGCUAGCAAGCAAUAUAU